UCACCCGCUCCUUUAUGCUGUCUUCUGUUUCUGAAUGUUUUGUCUUUGAUUUGUAGUUCUUCUUCUUGCAUUUUGCGCUUUCCCAGUUCGGUCUCUCUCUCUCUCUCUCUUUUUAGUGAAUCAGAUCGGGAUGCUGCUGAAUUACGGUGUUUAGGUCGAGAUUUCUUGUUGCUGUCGGGUUUGAAUGGUCUGUUUCGUGAUUUAGAGCGCGGAAUAGGAGGGAGGGCGUCGUUAUCGUCCUGAUUUUAGUCGAGUGUUUCAGAUUGUGGUUUGUGAAAGUGUAGUCUUGGAGGAUUGGAGAGAACGUGAUUCAGGUUUAUUUCUACGUCUCCGUUUCGAGGAACUCGUGCUUUUCAGUUGAAAUCUUAAUCAGGAUAUAAGGGAACGAGCAUCAAGUGCGAUUUCUGGCUGAGAAGUGCUUGAGGGGCCAAACAUGGCGUGCUAAUUCUCCAAGUCACAUUGACAAUUCGUGAAAACUAUCUUCUGGUGAUCAUAUUAUUGCAUCUGCGUCACAUUGAAAUUAUCUGUUUUUUUGACAUUUGCAAUUUACUGUAGCAUUUUGCGCACCUGUCACCUGUUAACCAUGGGUGACGUUGCAAAGGACUUGACCGCUGGGACCGUGGGUGGUGCAGCCCAAUUGAUUGUUGGGCACCCAUUUGACACAAUAAAAGUGAAGCUCCAGAGCCAGCCAGCUCCACUUCCUGGUCAGCCUCCCAAAUACUCCGGUGCUAUGGAUGCUGUCAAGCAAACUGUAGCUGCAGAAGGACCUAGGGGCCUCUACAAAGGCAUGGGUGCACCACUCGCUACAGUUGCUGCAUUCAAUGCUGUUCUCUUCACAGCAAGGGGUCAAAUGGAGGCGUUGCUCAGAUCUGCACCUGGUGUUCCAUUGUCUGUCGAGCAGCAGAUGGUAUGUGGUGCUGGUGCAGGUGUUGCAGUUGCAUUCCUGGCCUGUCCAACUGAGUUGAUUAAGUGCAGGUUGCAAGCACAAAGUGCAUUGGGCUCGACUGGAGGUUCUGCCAUCAAGUACAAUGGACCAAUGGAUGUAGCAAAGCAUGUGUUAAAAUCCGAAGGAGGUACGUUGGGUCUGUUCAAAGGGUUGGUUCCAACAUUCGCACGUGAAGUUCCUGGCAAUGCCUUCAUGUUUGGGGUGUAUGAACUGGUUAAGCAAUAUAUUGCUGGAGGGAAGGACACAUCCAGCCUUGGAAGAGGAUCCUUAAUUGUUGCUGGAGGCUUGGCUGGAGCCUCUUUUUGGGUGACAGUUUAUCCAACCGAUGUUGUCAAGAGUUUAAUUCAAGUUGAUGACUACAAAAAUCCAAAGUACUCUGGUUCGGUUGAUGCCUUCAAGAAGGUCCUGCGAACCGAGGGAUUGAAAGGGCUCUAUAAAGGUUUUGGACCAGCCAUGGCAAGAAGCGUUCCAGCAAAUGCUGCUUGCUUUCUUGCAUAUGAAAUAACAAGAGCCAGCCUUGGUUGAAACCUUCUAGCUGAUGUCCAGGCAAUGCUUUCUUUGUUUGGACAAUUUCCUUUGCAUAAGGUUCUCAUUGGUAAUAAUACCUUAUUGCUGAUUUUUUGUUUGUGAUCCUUAUAGGUGGUUGUAUUCUUUCCAUUAACAAUGCUUUCCUGAAAGUAUUAUGUUCAAACCAUUUUAAUCAAGUGAUGUUAUUCAUGAUUUAUCUGCA